AUGUCUGAUCAAAAUCAAAUAAAGAAAGGUGAAGAUUUUGAGAAACAGGCUGAGAAAAAGCUUAAAGGCUGGGCUUUCUUCGGUUCCAAGCAUGAAGACGCCGCCGACUUAUACGAAAAGGCUGCCAAUUUUUAUAAACUCGGAAAAUCCUGCGCAGGUACAAACAAGCACAUGCUCUCAUACAUUAACAAAAAUCCUCUAUUUAUAUUUGUUUUUCAUUUGCAGUUAGAUAGCAAACACGAAGCUGCUAAUGCUUUUGCCGAUGCAGGUCAUUGCUAUAAGAAAACAAACCCCACAGAAUGCAUAACUCGCCUGGAGCAAUCGCUAGAUUUGUUUAUGGAAAUCGGGCGGCUCGGUAUGUCAGCAAGGUACUGCAAGGAAAUAGCUGAGUUAUACGAGCAGGAACAAAACCUUGAGAAAGCGAUGGUUUACUACGAUAAAGCGGUUGAUCUUUAUCAAGGAGAAGAAGUCAACAGUUCUGCAAAUCAAUGCAGGCUGAAAAUUGCUCAAUAUGCUGCUGAACUUGAACAGUAUCAGAAAGCAAUUGAGAUUUAUGAAGACAUAGCAAAACAGGCACUUAACAAUAAUCUGCUUAAAUAUGGAGUCAGAGGGCAUCUACUCAAUGCUGGCAUAUGCCAACUUUGUAAAGGUGACGUCGUUGCGAUUACAAACGCUUUGGAAAAAUACGAGGAUUUGGAUCCAACGUUUUCAGGAUCACGUGAAUACAAAUUGUUGUCGGCUUUGGCUGCUUCGAUUGAUGAGGAAGACGUGGAAAAGUUUACUGAUGCAAUCAAGGAAUUCGAUAGCAUAACCAAGCUGGAUGCAUGGAAGACAACCCUUUUGUUGAGAGUGAAGGAAAUGCUAAAGGCUAAGGAGAUGGAGGAUGAUGAUCUUACUUAAAUCUCUAAUAUCUUCAAACUAUUUAUUAUUAAUUCAUGGUUCCAUUUUUAUUGCCUGCUGUGAGGCCUCAAUAUUGCAGCCUUGUUGAUAGUAUGAUUUUAUGUUCCCUUGAAUAUUUGGGGACUUUGUCACUU